UUCCCCUCAGCACCGUCGCUUCUCCCCGCAAUCCCUGCAUCUCACACGAGGCCAAAUCUACGGCACACCUCUACACAGUACACGGAAUUGACCAUCCGCUCCGCACAAUGCCUUUGCCACGCUCCUCGGAUCCCCUCGUGUGGAUCGACUGCGAGAUGACCGGUCUGGAUUCGGAAACCGACCAGAUCCUGCAGAUCUGCUGCUUCGUCACCGACGCCGACCUCAACCUCCUCGACCCGCAGGGAUUCGACACCGUCAUCCACCACCCGUCCUCCGUCCUCGAUAACAUGAACGAAUGGUGCAUCGACACCCACGGUCGCACCGGCCUGACGGCGGCCGUGCAGGCCUCGACCACUACGGCGGAGGAAGCGGCCAGCGCUCUCCUGGCAUACAUCCAGCAGUACGUGCCGCAGCCGCGGACGGGACUGCUGGCGGGGAACAGUGUACAUGCGGACAAGGCAUUCCUGGCCAAGGGGCCCUACAAAGCGGUGCUGGAGUGGCUUCAUUAUCGGAUCGUGGAUGUGAGUGCGCUCAAGGAAAUGGUACGACGAUGGGGGUCGAACGAGCUGCUACAGGCGGUUCCGGGCAAGAAGGAGGUACAUCUGGCGCGGGAUGACAUCUUGGAAAGCAUCGAGGAGAUGCGAUUCUAUCGGGGGCGGCUGUUCGGAUAGCUGAGUGGCUGGUGGAGUCUGUGCGUGGGAGCUGCCAGUGCUGUGUUGUACAUGCCAGGAUGGUGAGUAAGUAGAUACUACUAGAUAGCAUGUAGCAAGUCGAUAGCUGGGAG